AUGUAUAUUCUUGUAUGUGGAUCUGAUCGCAUUCAUAAAGACACACUCUUAGAUCUCUUAUUCUUUCAAGGCUGGACUCUGGGCCGUGCUGCAUGCAAGCUAGGCACAUUCCUGCUCUACCUCAGCCCUUAUGCUAACGUGCUAACGGUUACUCUACUCGGUGUCCAGCGCUACCUCCAGGUCCUCUACCCGCAGAUGUGGAACAGGCUGGGGCGCAAGGGGGAGGCGGUGCUGCUCCUGGCCUUUGUCACUCGUGAUAGCGAGCUCAAGUGCCAGCGACACACGGGCUCCGAUGCUGAAAUAGUUGCUGUCCUCGUCUUUGAGAUAGUUUUAUGGUUUGUGAUUCCGUUCUCUGUGCUGGUCACGUCCUACUGCCGCCUCCACCGGCGGGUGAACCAGACGGCGCUGUUCAGCAGUGCCAAGAUGACGCGGCUGGUCACCAGUGUGGUGGUCGCCUUCUUCAUCCUCUGGAUCCCUGUGCACAUUGUCAAUGUGGUGGACAUCGCCGGCAUUGUGCUGCAGACUUCCUGGCCAGAGGCAUCGGCAGCGCUGCUGAAACACAGAAGCGUGGCAGCGCGUGUCGUCCGGAGCUUUACGUUUUUUAACAGCUGCCUGGACCCCUUCCUGUACGCCUUCGCCUCGCGGAGGAUCCGUGAGCAGCCCAAGUCGUCGUCGAGCGAAAGCAGGAUGCAGGUCACAAAUAUCUGAUGUAUGAUGCUCUGCUCUGCUGGUGUGACUAAAGGCAUGUGACUGGAAUGCCAACCCCUAAUUCUAACCCUCAGCCUACCCAUAAUCAAACCCCUCACCCUAAACUUAACAAGUCAGGGUACUCUCAAAAAUAAAUAGCUUUUUUUUAGGGGUUCUUGACUUUGAUUUUAGAGCAGCCAAAUAAGAGGCCCAUUGCCCUUGCUAUUUUGUCCUCAACAAAACCUACAUUUUGGUUUGCUGACUAUAGGCUGUACUUUCUAGGUAUCCAUAGGUUAGCCUAGAUUUAUUUCGGGGAUCUAACGCCCUUCAAGCUUGACCUCCAUUGGUCAAAGCCUAAAUUGUAUUGCUUCUGUCAGGUUUCCCAUGAAUAAAUUGGUUAGACUUGUCUAUGGACAAUGUUACUGUACAUAUCUCUCAAUGUAUUCUGCAAAAAUUGAAAUUUGUGUGAACAUACUGGGACCACUAAGGAAACAGAGCUGUAAGAAAUGCUUGAUUUUGCAGGAAAUGUUGAACAACAUUCAGAAAGGUGUAGAUUUUUUGGGAAAAUCACCCUUUUCAGAACACAAAUGCAUGAAUGUUGACCCUGUCCAAACCCAACUUCCCAACUAUUCAUCACCGACUCAACAACUUUACGCCUCCAACCCAGAAAGAGUGAAUACAGUCAUAUUGAUUCCAUUCAAGUGUAACGGUUGUCGUCGGGAGAAAGAGAGGACCAAGGUGCAGCGUGGUAAGUAUUCAUUGUAAUUUAAUAAAGAAUGAAUACAGAAACAAAACACGACAGACAAACAGUCCUGAACGGUGCAUCAAAACACAGAACAGAAAAUAAACACCCACAAGUCAAAAGUUAAACCAGGCUACCUAAGUAUCAUUCUCAAUCAGGGACAACGAUUGACAGCUGCCUCUGAUUGAGAACCAUACCAGGCCGAACACGAAAUCCCAAAACAUAGAAAAAGGAACAUAGACAACCCACCCAACUCACGCCCU